CCCAAUGCGUCACUUUGCCAUAUUGGUGGUACAUACACAAAAGUUGGAGAUCGUGAAGAACUCGCGUCCAUACAGUGUGAGGGGAGCACUAUUCUUCACUCUCCUUACCAAGCCUCGAAAUCAACAAGAACAAUGGAGCCAUUUUCCUUUGUUUGUUUCGUCCGACAACCACACUAAGACAAAGCGGCAGAAUCUUAGGUGGCGUCUAGCUGGCAAAAAGAAUGUGCGUGUAGCCAAACACCCUUCAUCUUCUUCACAAUUUCAGUCACCAAACUGCGGCUCACCUACGUCGAGGACACGGCAGCCUCUGCAACACUCCCUCGGCAAUAGAGAAGAACCAGUCGAUGGCAAAGGACCAAGCAAUCAGCCCCAAACAAAGACACAGAUCACAAAAACAGUCACAAAUGGCAAUUACACAACCGACGACAACUGGUGACAGCAGCAGAGGGGUCGUCAGUGGGAUAAACAGCACUAUUAGUCUCUGCAAACUUCUCGGCGACUGGAAAUUGAAGGUCGUCGGUGAAAAAAAAUUGGCAAUCGACUCGGUUCCUCUCUGCGCAAAAAACUCUGUUCCGAGAGAGAGAUUGUUGAGGCGAUCCGAAUGACAACAAAGAUGAGAACAAUGGAGAACCGAGGCCCCUAAACAGCGAAGCCCCAAACAAAAAACAACCAACAACAAGUGAUGGCUCCGCCGGUGGCAAAUAGCGAUAGCGCGAUCUCUGCAAAAAAAUUUUUAAUCGCAACCCAAGCUCGCCGACGCACGGCGAUCUGAAAUAUCAAGAUCGGAAAACAAAAAAAAUCUGAUGGCAGUUUAACACAUUAAAAUCUCUGCACCUCUUCAAGCAAAUCAAGCCCACAAGUUAGUCCAGCAAAAUCCCUUUUCUUUUCCUUUUUUGUUAGUUGUUUGGCAGCCUUACCCGCUUUAUUGAAGACAAAAAAGAAGUUGCUUACGGGGAUUGCUAUGUCUAUUCUGCCAAACCAAUUGGCCAAAACCAUCGCCCAUCUAUCUCAACCCUUACAUUUUUAAAUAUGUGUAAAUUAGUCGUCAGCUACACACAUUAUUUAAUUCGGGUCACUCACUUUGAUCGCUAGGUCAUUCGUGUUGUGUUGGGUUGUAUUUAUUUAUUUCCGUUUAAUAUUAUAAUAGUAAUUUUCUGUUUUAAGAAGUGGGUGUCAGUUUGUAAUUAUUAAAAAGUUUAUGGGUUAAAAGGCGGGAUCAGAUUGUAAUAAAACAAAAGUUUGUAAAGCCCAAAUCGAUUGUUGCAAUCUGACGAGAGAAAAGAAGAAGAAAGAGGAACGAACUCCGUUAUAGCCGACCAGCAAGAAGGCAGCACCAGAGAUCACACGAGCCAUCUACAAACAGGUACAUAUUUUUUUGGUCUUUCAAAUUAUAGGGUUAGGGAUUUUCUUCUUCUAUCCUUUUCAUAUUCAGUUUAGGGUUAGAGCUUCUAUAUUUUACUGUGUAUUUUCUUUACAAUCCCAAAUUUGAACUAGGUUUUGAGUAAUUUUAACUUGAGUUGAUAUUUAUAUAAAUAAUAUGCACGACUGUUUGUGUUUUUUUAUUUUUUUAUUUGAACUAGGUUUCGAAUAAUUUUAACUUGGGUAAAGAUGUACUCACUGCUCUCUUAGAGUUUAAUUGAAGAGGGCUGCUGUUUUUGGGUUUUAUAAUUGUGUGUGUGUGUGUGUGUGGGGUUUGUUUUUGUUUUUUGUAAUGGAACAUUUGUGAUAUGACUUGGAAAUUAAAGAGGGCUGCUGACUGACUUUUUGUGGGUGUUUUACCAUUUUUUGUAAUGGAAAUUAUGCAACAGAUGACUUAUUUAAUCUAAGAUGAUGCAUGGUUUAGGUUU